CUUUUUUUUUUUUUUAUUUUCUUGCUGUGUUGGAACUAGCGAGUGGUGGAAGACGGGGAAUCUCAAAGGAAGCCUCAUCAGUCAUCGGGACUGUCAGGAAUAGUGGUUUAAGAGGAAGCUCGGCCUGGGGCACUAUACCCUGUCAUCCAGUUCCCUGCCUCGGAGAUAAAGAUUCCAGCUACAUGGGCAAACGCCUGGAUCAGCCACAAAUGUACCCCCAGUACACUUACUACUAUCCUCAUUAUCUCCAAACCAAGCAGUCCUAUGCACCAGCUCCCCACCCCAUGGCUCCUCCCAGCCCCAGCACAAACAGCAGCAGCAACAACAGCAGCAACAACAGCAGCGGGGAACAGUUGAGUAAAACCAACCUGUACAUCCGAGGCCUUCCACCAGGCACCACUGACCAGGACCUAAUCAAGCUGUGCCAACCAUAUGGGAAAAUUGUAUCAACAAAGGCAAUUCUGGACAAAAACACAAAUCAGUGCAAAGGUUACGGUUUUGUGGAUUUCGAUAGUCCCGCAGCUGCACAGAAAGCAGUAGCAUCUCUCAAGGCAAAUGGAGUGCAGGCACAGAUGGCCAAGCAACAAGAGCAAGACCCAACAAACCUAUACAUCUCUAAUCUCCCCAUUUCGAUGGAUGAGCAGGAACUUGAGAAUAUGCUGAAACCCUUUGGACAUGUCAUUUCCACAAGAAUACUAAGAGAUGCUAAUGGAGUCAGCAGAGGUGUCGGCUUUGCCAGAAUGGAGUCUACUGAAAAAUGUGAAGUGGUAAUUCAACAUUUUAAUGGAAAAUAUCUGAAAACACCACCAGGCAUCCCAGCCCCUAGUGAGCCUUUACUGUGCAAAUUCGCUGAUGGAGGACAAAAGAAGAGGCAGAAUCAAAGCAAAUACACCCAGAAUGGAAGGCCUUGGCCCAGGGAAGGAGAGGUACUCAGAGGCAGGACUGUCCCUAGGCAAAAUCAUGAAGCUGGCAUGGCUCUGACCUAUGACCCCACAGCUGCCAUACAGAAUGGAUUUUAUUCUUCACCGUACAGUAUUGCAACCAACCGCAUGAUUCCACAGACAUCUAUCACGCCAUUCAUUGCUGCUUCCCCUGUCUCCACAUACCAGGUCCAGAGUACUUCAUGGAUGCCUCAUCCGCCAUACGUUAUGCAACCAACAGGUGCUGUGAUUACACCGACAAUGGAUCAUCCUAUGUCAAUGCAGCCAGCAAACAUGAUGGGCCCCUUGACACAACAGAUGAAUCAUCUUUCUUUGGGCACAACAGGAACGAUUCAGUCCCAAGACAGGAUUAUGAUACUCCACCAGCUGUUGUGUCAGUAUAUGACUGCUGCCGCUCCUAUGCAAGGGACCUACAUUCCCCAGUACACGCCUGUGCCUCCGACAGCUGUUUCUAUUGAAGGUGUUGUUGCUGAUACCUCUCCCCAGACAGUGGCACCUUCAUCCCAGGACACCAGUGGUCAGCAGCAACAAAUAGCAGUGGACACAUCCAGUGAACAUGCAUCUGCAUAUCCUUACCAACAGUCUAAACCAUAAACAAGACUGAAGAAUGUCCGUCUGAAACUUUGCCUUGAAUGAAGAAACUUCACUGAACAAGAAGUUGGCUUCCAGUUUGCACAGGCGUCAACGGAAUGCUUUUUUUUUUUUUUAAAUUUUCUACUUUAUCCAACGAAAACAAAGUGUUUUUAUGUGCUGUGCAAAUGGUUCCUUCAUGUGGUCUGACAGUUUCUUUUUUGCCAUCAUUUUUUUUUUAAAUUAAACUUUAAAAAUCCCAGAAGAGGAAAAACAACAAAAACAACAAAACAAAACAUGGAAGGUUGACAUAUUAUCUGGAAGAAUAUUUAAAUUCGGAAUUUACCUGAAGGUGUAGAUGUCAAGAGGUGGGCAAGCAGAAAUGGAAACAAAUUGUUUUCCUCAGUAAUUAAGCUAGACUUUCCUUUUUUCCUUUUCUUGUUUAAAUGUGGGUUGUUGUUUUUUUUUUUAUUUUUCUCUUAGAAAUAUUUAGGUAAGGUUUAUCUUGAAUCUUAAUUGCCUUAAUUUUAAGGACGUCAAAGGCUCUCAAGGCAAGCUGUCAACGUCUUGUUAAAAAAAUCAAGAAAGAAAUGAAAUACUGUGCCGGCUUUAACUGGUACAGAAGUUUAAGACUAUGAGUUUUUAGGGUGAAAAAACUGUACAGUUUAAAAGAAAAUGUUUUUCUUCAUUUGAAGAAAAUUUGUUGAUAAAAGAAACCAUGGCAACUGCAAGAAUUGGAAAAAUGCUGGGACUUUUCAUGAACUUUGUCUUAAGUGUUGAAUCAUUCUAGAAAGCUAAAACAUUUUACGGUAAAGUUACUAAGGUUGGUUUAAAAACAACUGCAUUAGAAAUAAUGCGUGUUUGGGGGUCAGAAUGCAGAUUUUUUUAAUUUACAAAGCGUGAUUGCUAGCAAAAGCAUUAGUGCUUUUUAUCUGCAGUCUUUUUUAUGAGCUUUACAAAGUUUUUAGUCAGCUUUGCUUGUCACAUUGCAGAACCUAGCGUAAGAGCAUUAAAGACAAAAAACAAAAAACUUAAGUAGAUAGGAGCUUAUGGUCAAAAGUGCAAAAAACAAAACAAAAAAACAAAAAAAGCAAUAGAUAGAGAAAUUGUUGACAAUUUCUGUAGUCUUUCCUAGUUGUGAUCAAAUUCAGCCUAUGGAUGGCCUAUUUUAUACCAAAGAUGAAGUGGCACCCUAUUGCAGUCCAGAAGAUAGAGGUUGUUUUCUUUUAAAAAUUUUAUUUGACCUACAUGGCCGGACCAGUUCUUAUUUUUGUUGUUUGUUUAAACUACCUUCCACUGGUGUUUUACAUACUGCAAAAAAAAAAAUUUUUUUUUUUUUUUGUAUAUUUGUUGACAGUAGAAGCUUGCACCUGCUGUAUUCAGCAGUUUCAGCAUGCAGAGGUCUGGAUAUACCAACUGAUAGAGCCAAAAAUGGCUUUAAUUUCCAUGAGUUUUUCUGGUUCCUUACUAGCUCUCUUGAACAGUGAAACCUGUAUUGAUUGCCACCAAUAAGCUAAAACAUGUGUUUAACAGGUUGAAAUUGCUUUAUGUGAAUUUUGAACUAAAAACACUUCACAAACCUGGUCUGAACGGUCACUUGUCCAAAAAACUUAGUGAUAUUCUAUUAAGUGAGGGUGGCCUCCUGAAAAGGUCUCAUUGUAUUUGUAACAGUAGUGUUCCUUCUAAAUUCCAACACCUUUUGAUUUUGUCUUUUCACCUCAAUCUUUGUCGUCAUCCACCAUGAACAGUCACCUUGAUUCUGCAGUUGAAAGGGAAUAUUUUCUCUUUUCAUUGUAUCUUCAAAUCCUGGUGUUGUCAGAAGAAAGACAAAAUAGACCUUUUUAUUUCAGUUUAACUCUCUGAGGCAAGUAGGACCAAUAAGAUUGAUGAUUCUAUUAGUGGAAGUUAGGUAAGCUUUUAAAAUGCUAGUUGACAAUCAAGACAUUGUAUAAUUUAUAUUAAUAAGAACCAAAACAAUUAGGUUUGAUCAAUCAUUUAAGCCAAAGGAGAUAUAUUUGCAUUGAGAAUGAUGCAAAACUUUGUCUAAAAUGAAUUAAAUCAGUGUAACAAACAUCUCUGCAUAUUUGGUUCAUGAAAUCCAUGUUCAACCUAUACAGUUUUAUGUGAAACUAAGGCCAGUGAAACUUUGUUAAUUGAAUAUGUACUAGAAUUGCCUUCUGAAUGAAUCAUUAGAAUCAAAUAAGUGAAACUUUUUUCAUAAACUGUCAUAGGAACCUGUCUUAGUCCAGAGGGAAGAGGAAAAUGCAUUAAGUGCACUGUAAAAGAAAACAGAAGGCUUUUAAAAACUUUUAAGAAAUUUAAGAGAUAAUUCAUAUUCCCAUUAGGUCAACAUGAGUAAUGAGUUUGACUCAUGAAAGUGUCAAUAUUCUGCUAUUUAUAACUUACAAACAAAAGUCUAGUAUUGAAAUUGACCUGAUUCUCUUAUUUGCAACACCGUGUAUUGGAAAUUCAAAUCUAGAGAGUGAUUCCAUAUCUUUGUGGUCAAAUUAAAGGCAAAAAUACAUCCAAGAAAAUGUAACAUGCUAUAGAGAAAUUCAAACUGGUCACACCCAUCCUUAUGGUUUUCCAUGUUUUAGAGAGAAUUCUAAAUUUGUACUUCCUUCUUUUCCAUCUUUCAGUUUCUCGUGUAUUUUAAGGGUGGCACUUAAGUUUUAUCUUUGAGUAGUGGGCCCUCAAGUUACAGGGGGUAUAAGCAAACAUUCAUGGAAACUGUAUUUUCUGUUUCUUUUUUUAUUCAUUCUCUGAACUCUUUGUAUAAAUAAGGAUUAUCCUGGGCAUAAUUCAUUUGAAUAUGAAACCAACAUGCUUUCUUUUGUUUCUGUAAAAAAAAAAAAAAUUAACGUCAUACAAAGAAAGUCUCAUUUACACAAUCGACAAUGAGGCUAAGAGGUAGCUACCAUGUGGCUGAUGAAUGUGCCUAGGCAACUUCCUGUUUCUAUUCAAAACUACUGCUUUAUUUAUACAUUCAGAAACAUUUUUUUCACUAUGAAAUUUCAAUGAUCUCAAUUUUUUUAAGCCACUUCAGGCAAAAGGAAAUUACUUGUCAGUUUAUGUGUUCAUGUGUGUUUUGUGUUUGGAUUUUUUAUAUCAUGCCAUUCUAUAAAAUAUUUCAAAUCAAAAAGAAAAAAAAGAAGGAAAAAUGGCACAUGUUCAAAUUUACAUCUGUCAUCUUACCAAAUAAUUGUUUUUAAGAGUCAUGUCUGGGGGAAAAAAAGCACCAACAGGUAAGCAGCAUUACAUUGUAUGAAAAAUAAAACAAACCAAAAUAUGUGUUCAAUA